AUGGCAACGUUGGGGUCUGGGCUGCUCACAGAGGUGGAUGAGUUUGAGGACACACCUGACCUAGAGCCACUGGAGCCGACGCUGAGCAACAUCAUUGAACAGCAAAGUCUGAAGUGGAUUUUUGUUGGAGGGAAGGGAGGUGUUGGAAAAACCACCUGCAGUUGCAGCCUAGCUGUGCAGCUUUCCAAAGUACGUGAGACUGUUCUUAUCAUCUCCAUUGAUCCUGCUCACAACAUUUCAGAUGCCUUUGAUCAGAAAUUUUCCAGGGUUCCCACCAAAGUAAAGGGCUAUGACAAUCUUUUUGCUAUGGAGAUUGAUCCUAGCUUUGAUGUGUCAGAGCUUCCAGAUACGUUCUUUGAAGAAGAUAACAUGCGAAGUAUGGGCGAGAAGAUGAUGCAGGAGGCAAUGAGCAUCUUCUCUGGUAUUGAUGAAGUCACGAGCUAUGCUGAAGUGAUGAGGCUGGUGAAAGGGAUGGAUUUCUCCGUGGUGGUUUUUGACACAGCGCCUACAGGACAAAUGUUACAGCUGCUCAACUUCCCCACCAUCGUGGAGCGGGGUCUAGGCCACCUGAUGCAGAUAAAGAACCAGAUCAGGGCCUUCAUAUCACAGUUGUGCAACGUGCUUGGCAUGGGAGACAUGAAUGCUGAUCAGUUAGCCUCCAAGCUGGAAGAGACUCUCCUUGUCAUCCGCUCAGUGAGCGAGCAAUUCAAGAAUCCGGAGCAAACUACAUUUAUCUGUGUUUGCAUCCCUGAGUUCCUCUCCCUGUACGAAACAGAGCGGCUCAUCCAGGAGCUGGCCAAGUGCAAGAUCGAAACCCACAAUAUCAUAGUCAAUCAGUUGGUUUUCCCUGACCCAGAAAAGCCAUGCAAGAUGUGUGAGGCUCGGCAUAAGAUCCAGUCCAAAUACCUUGACCAGAUCGAAGACUUCUAUGAAGAUUUCCAUAUUGUAAAGCUGCCACUUCUGCCCCAUGAAGUUCGAGGCACUGACAAAGUCAGCACUUUCUCAAGUCUGCUACUCGAGCCCUACAAGCCACCUGGCGCAAAAUGAAGCCCUAUGGACUGGGUCCCAUUAAUUCCCCUGUCAACCAUUCCAUGUGUGCCCUUCCUCACCCCUUUCCUGCUGGAACUCCUCCCCUUCCAGUAGCCUCAUUUACCUCUUGCAGUUGAUUGAUGGGCUUGUGGUGGGGUUGGAAGAGGCAGAAUUUGGAGGUC